AUGGCUGUGGAGGUUCGCCGCAGGGUUCCCGCCCCCCACGCCGCCCCGCGCGGCCGGGGCACGGGGGAGAAGGGGAGGGUGCAGGCCGGGGACGCGCUGCCGCUGCCGAUCCGCCACACCAACCUCAUCUUCUCGGCGCUCUUCGCCGCCUCGCUCGCCUACCUGAUGCGCCGGUGGCGGGAGAAGAUCCGCACCUCCACGCCGCUCCACGUCGUGGGGCUCACCGAGAUCUUCGCCAUCUGCGGCCUCGUCGCCUCCCUCAUCUACCUCCUCAGCUUCUUCGGCAUCGCCUUCGUGCAGUCCGUCGUCUCCAACAGCGACGACGAGGACGAGGACUUCCUCAUCGCCUCCGGCCAGAAGCCCGCGCCCGCGCCCCAGCAGUGCGCCCUGCUGCAGAGCGCCGGCGCCGCGCCGGAGAAAAUGCCGGAGGAGGACGAGGAGAUCGUCGCGGGGGUCGUCGCGGGCAAGAUCCCCUCCUACGUGCUCGAGACCAGGCUCGGCGACUGCCGCAGGGCCGCCGGGAUCCGCCGCGAGGCGCUGCGCCGGAUCACCGGCAGGGAGAUCGACGGCCUCCCGCUCGACGGCUUCGACUAUGCGUCCAUCCUCGGCCAGUGCUGCGAGAUGCCCGUGGGCUACGUGCAGCUGCCCGUCGGCGUCGCGGGCCCGCUCGUCCUCGACGGCCGACGCCUCUACGUCCCCAUGGCCACCACCGAGGGCUGCCUCAUCGCCAGCACCAACCGCGGAUGCAAGGCCAUCGCCGAGUCCGGCGGCGCCUCCAGCGUCGUCUACCGCGACGGGAUGACCCGCGCCCCCGUCGCACGCUUCCCCUCCGCCCGCCGCGCCGCCGAGCUCAAGGGAUUCCUGGAGGACCCGGCCAACUUCGACACCCUCAACGUCGUCUUCAACAGAUCAAGCAGAUUUGCAAGGCUGCAAGGAGUCAAGUGCGCCAUGGCUGGGAGGAACCUGUACAUGAGGUUCACCUGCAGCACUGGGGAUGCCAUGGGGAUGAACAUGGUCUCCAAGGGCGUCCAGAACGUGCUGGACUACCUGCAGGAUGACUUCCCUGACAUGGAUGUCGUCAGCAUCUCAGGCAACUUUUGUUCCGACAAAAAAUCGGCUGCUGUGAACUGGAUUGAAGGGCGUGGAAAGUCCGUGGUUUGCGAGGCAGUAAUCAGAGAAGAAGUUGUCCGAAAAGUUCUCAAGACCAACGUUCAGUCCCUCGUGGAGUUGAAUGUGAUCAAGAACCUUGCUGGCUCAGCAGUUGCUGGAGCUCUUGGGGGUUUCAAUGCUCAUGCAAGCAACAUUGUAACGGCUAUCUUCAUUGCCACUGGUCAGGAUCCUGCACAGAACGUGGAGAGCUCACAGUGUAUCACCAUGUUGGAAGCUAUAAAUGAUGGCAGAGACCUUCACAUCUCCGUUACUAUGCCAUCUAUCGAGGUGGGCACAGUUGGUGGAGGCACGCAGCUGGCCUCACAGUCGGCUUGCUUGGACCUACUUGGCGUCAAGGGCGCGAACAGGGAAUCCCCCGGAUCGAAUGCUAGGCUGCUUGCCACGGUGGUGGCUGGUGCGGUCCUAGCUGGGGAGCUGUCCCUCAUCUCUGCACAAGCUGCCGGCCAUCUGGUCCAGAGCCACAUGAAAUACAACAGAUCCAGCAGGGAUAUGUCCAAAGUCGCCUGAGCGCUGUCACCUGGACCCUUGCCAGAGCAAAUUAGACGGAACCCAAACCAAAAUGUUCACCACCACGAUAUAAUCAUUUCCCUUCAGCUUCGUGGGAGUGGACAGGGAAGGGUUCCACAGGUUGUGGCAUGCUCAGGACUCAGGAGGUGAGAAGGGUAAACCCUACCUGGUGAAAUGAUUGUCUGUAGAGUGGCCAAGGUUUUACCAGGAGAAAUUGAGCCCUGCUGUAUACCACCUUGUGCAUUCUGGAGUGUGGCCUAUUUAUUUUCUUGUGCAUGUUGUUGUUCCCCUUUGCGCUCAGCCUCUUGUUGGGAAUCUGACCCUUUGUUUUUUGUCCAAAGCUUACAGUUACAUUUUACACCCCGUCUCUGUUUUACACAAUUUCGCCGGCAGCUGUUCUGUCUUGCUGCUGCUUCAGGAUGCUUGUGGUAACAUUUGUAAACUAACUAACUCGGCUUCAUCUGUCAAUAUUAUGUUCAUCGUACAUUGGUGAAGUGGUCU